AUGGCGAAGUUGUUGUUCAGUGAAAAUGGUCUUGUUUCGGUAGUUUGUAUAAAUAARUUUAAGAUUCUUGACUCUAGUGAUGGUAAAUGCAAGUUCUCCUGUAAUCUAUCUGAUAUCAAGAUGCCCCAAGAUGUCAAAAAGCAAAUUAUUGAUGACAAUAAACAGGACAUGACACUUGGUCAUGGGAAUAUUAGCUCAUUUUCUCCAUCUGGUAGACUUUAUGGUUUUUGUACAGCAAAUAAGAUACUAUCUCUAUGGAGAACUGAUACAUGGGAAUGUCUGAGUACAAGGUUGAUAGAAAAGAAAGCAACAGCUGUUGUGUUUACUAAUAACGACGAAUAUGUCAUUGUUGCUGACAAAGCUGGUGAUGUAUACAAAUUUUCAGCAAAAGAUUCUGAUUCAAAAGGAGAUUUUGUUCUUGGACACAUCUCCAUGAUAAUGGAUAUGGUACUUACAAAAGAUAAUAAAUAUAUAAUAACAGCUGAACGAGAUGAAAAGAUUCGGGUCAGUUACUUUCCAAACUCAUAUAGUAUCCAGUCUUACUGCCUGGGACAUUCAGAUUUUGUCAGCAGCAUAAAGUUAUUAUCCAAAGAUGAUUUACUGGUAUCYGGCAGUGGUGAUAGUAUGGUUAUAUUGUGGGAUUACAAAGAUGGCAAAAAAAUCCACACAAAGCAACUGGACGGACACAACAGAACAGCAGAAAACCAGAAAGAUUUCGAGGAAUCUAGUGAUACAGAAAUUGUGUCACACAUAGCAAGUUGUAGAAAGAAUAAUACUCUUUGUGUAAUGAAUGAAAAAAGCUGUAACCUACAUUUAUAUCAUGUUGACAGUAGUGGUAAAGUCACUACCCUCCCCUCCCUGUCAACCAGUGUACCCCCCUGGCAUGUGACUUUUGAUUAUAAUGGUUUACUAUGGUGUUUGCUCCCAAAUCAACAAGAACCUGUGGUUGUAUUCAAAUGGGAACACAUAGAUACUUUGAUAAAGUAUAUGAAAAUUGAAUCAUUUGAAGAUUUUCCUCUKUAUACAGCAAUCAAUGAUUGGAGUUAUCUUGAAGAGUGUGAAGGCAAAGAGUUGCAACUCUCUCUCCUUCGUAAGAGAACAGACACUGACAACAUGAAGGAMUAUCUGAAUAGAAAAGAAGAAAGAAUUCAACAGAAAAAAGCCAGACAAAAAGAAUUAGAAGUGAAAGAAUCGCAACUUAAKACUAAAAGAGUCAAAGURUAAUAUUCUCCUGGURUUGAUUCAAGGGGGGGCUGGUGGGGAUGUGCGACCCAAUCCUUCAAAACACAGGAAAAUAUCCUGCAUCUUGUAAUUGAUGUAAGAAUUAUUGYACUCUUGAAAUAAUAAAAAUUAUAGUUAAUGUUUAA